AUGAAAAGGGUUUCCUUGGGAGCGGACAAUGGACCGCGUUAUGCUUCAAACGCUACUACACGCCACUACACCAAACGACGCAGUUUUCAGCCACCACCGAACCAACCAACCGGUGAUCAGUUGCAGUCCGCACGUCGACAGUCAGAGACAGUUCCGUGCGUGAUCUCUAGUGGAAGUGUUGGCCUUUGGUUUCCUCUUUUUUUUUGUGUCCAACAAUUCGACUCCAAAAUGCAUACAGAGCAUAAUUUCACAGCGAUUGGUUUGUUGUUCCUUACGAUCUCACUACUGGCCAGCUGUGCUGCAGCACCGCAUCCGAUCGAUGCUGACCAGAUGGAAGAGAUGGAGCUGCUGGGGCUGGUCGGUUGCAAUCACGCCGUCACGGUGACUGCGCUUCCACUGCCCGGCUUUACGGUUACCCCGGACCCCGGACCAGCUGGCCGGAGUGCAGCGGAGCCCACCGACGUCACCAAACAGUCUUCUGAAAGUGAAUCAAAUGAAUCGGAUAACCACGUAAAACAACGAGCUGUGAUGGACCAAUAAAGGCGAAAGUGUUUAGUUUA